AUGCACGAUAGUCGAAAGGAGGACAACUUCACUUGGGAGUCGAGUGUGAAGCUUACGCUGGUGGGUCGUGAAGAAGAUCUCGGGAUGUAUUUGGAGGAGAGGGAAGGGAGGAAAAGGAAGUGGCAGGGAGAAGGGAAGAUGAUGAGGCGGGACGAAAGUGAAGAGAAGGAACAGAGGAAGAUGCCGCCAAAGAAAGUUAUGGUUGCUCUGAGCGACAUGGGUGGCAGCGGCACCAGUUCCUCAUCCUCUCACCUGUCACCCGGUUGGCAAGUCAACGAUCUUGAUCUGGACUUACCCGGCGAGCUGUCCAUGAAUGAAGCGCUUCUAGCGCUGCCAUCUCUCGCUGUAAACUUCAAACAAGAGGCACCGUCACCUACUGGUGCGGUGCUAUCACCGCCUCGGCGGCCGACUUGGGCUCAAAGAAGACCUGAUGAUAGACAGAUGACAGUGGAUAAUUCAAAUGUAAAGCAAGCCGAUUGGGAAUAUGAAGUGAAGAAUUUGUGCGAGAUCACCAGUAUGGUGGUGGACAACCAAAGGGACGUGAUGGAUGAAGGUAGCUGCCAGCAGUCGCCACCUCACAACGGCACCUUGAUGGAACAGCACGGAUGUCCAGAAAGUAUGCAGUGUCAGCCCGCGAUGCCUUCCGGGAACAUGAUGCCAAUAAAUGGUUACCAUUCACCUAACGGACAAGAAAAUAAGAAUACGGGUCUUCUUAUGUGUUCGCCUGUCAGUUCGCUGGACGGGUUCCUACAGUCUUCGAUACAGCAACGCAGUGACCCCAGCUUUAAGGACGAUACCAGGUUCCAAUACGUCCUCGCAGCUGCCACGUCUAUAGCAACAAAGCAGAAUGAAGAGACACUCACAUACUUAAACCAGGGCCAGCCUUACGAGAUCAAGUUGAAGAAGUUGGGUGACCUGUCCCAAUACAAGGGCAAGAUAUUGAAGAGCGUUAUCAAGAUCUGCUUCCACGAGCGUCGGUUGCAGUAUAUGGAGAGGGAGCAGAUAGCUCAGUGGCACACGGAACGACCCGGAGAGAGGAUAGUUGAGGUGGAUGUUCCGCUGUCGUACGGCGUGAUCCGAGUGGAACAACCAGCUUGUCUGAACGCGUUGCACGUUUACUGGGACCCUACCAAAGAUGUCGGCGUUUAUAUCAAGGUUAACUGCAUCUCAACAGAGUUCACAGCGAAGAAGCACGGCGGCGAGAAGGGCGUGCCCUUCCGUAUCCAGGUGGAGACGUACUUAGGGAGUGACGAACACACCAGACUGCAUGCUGCUGCUUGCCAGAUCAAGGUGUUCAAGCUUAAAGGUGCGGAUAGAAAACACAAGCAGGACCGAGAGAAGGUGAUGCGGAGACCUCGCUCUGACUUAGAGAAGUACCAGCCUGGGUGUGAAGCCACCGUCCUUACUACGCUGUCAAACGAUGCGCUGAUGCCGCCUCCAUCUUUGGUCACCACGUCACCGCCGUACUCGCCUGAGUUGUGUGUUGCUCCAAAGUCUAUUGCCAGCCCGAUUCUGGUCAACAAACCAGUACCGCAACAUGCAAUUAUUACGUCGAACAAUCAAAUGAAGCCAUACUGUCAAGAAAAUAACGAUGUUAAAGUGAACUCUCCGCCGUGCCAUUCUCCCGGUGCCAUACUGCCGGACCUGCCGCAGCCUCCAGAAGACACUGACAAGCAGAACAGCGGUCUGUCGAAGGAGGCGACGGCAUCAGAAACGCAGGCGUGGCUCACCCGACAAAGGUUUGCGCACCACGCAGCCACAUUCACCAACUUUUCUGGAGCUGAUUUACUCAGGCUGUCGCGCGAUGACAUUAUUCAGAUCUGCGGACUGGCGGACGGAAUACGUUUGUUCAACGCUCUGCACGCCAAGCGGAUCGAGCCUCGACUGACGGUGUACGUGUGUCCCUGGGGCAGCAACAUCUACAGCGCGCUGUACCUGCACGCUUGCCGCGCCCAGGAGCUGAUGCAUAAGCUCAAUUCGCUCGUACACCACCACCACCCACCAGCCAAGGAAUGCGAAACCGUCCUCGUGUCAGGACCAAACGGAGCCCGCGUGCGUCUCACUGAUGAACUAGUUCGCCACAUGCCCGACAACUCCACCUACCGGCUGGAGAGAGUAGACGAGAACGGGGCUCUCCUCCUGUCCGCCACCAGUGGGAACUAA